AGUUCGACAGAUGGUGCUGGAUUCGCGUGGCGGCUGCUUGAAACAUCUGACCGCCGUCUAGCAGUGCGGCAUGGACUCGUGCGGGAAGCGCACACUUCUUUUAAAACCGGUAGCACGCGCGACCCUGAUUGUUUUUUUCUUGUUAUCGCAUCGGCAAGCCGCGGUCGGUUACGUGUACGCGAGUGACACGCGACGAGUGCGUACGUAUGUAACUGCCCGAUCGUUUACGAACAACCCUCGAGGAAGUCAAGAGAAUCAUUCGAAAGGACGAGAGAUCGAAGAGGACUCGCGAAGUUUCACCGACCUCGAGCUUCUCAUCCGUGAACGGUGUACGAACGCACGUUUUGUACGCGCCGCUGUCACCUGCGCAGUAAUUAUGACAGUUGGCCCGAUCUGCGCACGCGUCGAUCACGCACCCUUCAACAGGCAACUUCGCGUCGUAUCAGUUUGAAGAACGCCGCGAAGAUGAGUUGGUUGUAACGGUUUAUCGGGCCACUCGCGUGUUUAUUAUUUUCUCUCUCAUCCUCGUUCCGUCCGUGUUUAAUGAUAUGCGUGGAUUCGCGUCUCGCACGCAACCCCGACAUUGGAACGUCACGCUUCGGCCGCUCGUUCACCUCGUUUUAUUUUCAAAGUGGCGAUCUUUGGGGGUGGCGAAAAUGUGAUCGUACGGACGUAGUUUGUGUCGCGCGACGGAUUACUCGUGGCCGAUAAAACACGCGUGUUGUAGCAAAAUGACGGUGAACCGAUCGGUGCUGGCGAUGGUGUUGAUGCUGAUGACCUCCGUAAUUAUACUAGUUCACGCGAAGGAUGUGACGACACUGGAGUACGACGACCUUCUUCCGGCGAACGAGACCAAUGCCCGCCACCGCAUCGAUACAGAUUCCUCGAUCGGUGAUCAUCGUCAGGGUCGAAUGUCCCUUCAGACUGAGCUGCCAUCGUCGAAAGCGAAGAGGGAGCAAGCUCUCCGCAGCAUCUUGGCGGCGAGAAGACGACAGAUUUUGGGUCAACGACCAAUCGAAUCUAGAAAUCAGAAUCGUGCAAAACCCACAGAAGCGAAAGAAACGUCGGACGUUCUGGAAGCUCAAGAAACGAAACAUGGGAUGUACGUGACGGCAUCAGCGAACGGGAAAUUGGAGCACUCGAUCGAUGAAGAAUUAGCGAUCAAGGAUGUGGACAUCGAAUUCGUCUCGAAAGAAUUGGAUAGCAAACGGCCGGUGGAGAGUUCGAAAAGAUCCAACGAAACUCUUUCAAGUGUCGAUAAGCCUGACUCCAAAACGGAAACUUCGACCAAUCAAAAGAAUUUAUCUUCCACAACGUCCGGUCAGAAAUCUUCGGACACGGAUAUUCGGAAGAAGAACAUCGUCUCGAUGCCAGAGUCGUUGUACAACUACUUCAGGCCGGUGGAGAGUAACAUACCGGUAGAGGACAUGUCUCAGUUUCUGUAUUUCGGUCAGAAGAUUCAGCCGGAGGCUCAGAACAAUACGGGGAACAAUUCCGUGGAGGCGACGCCAACGGCGCCAACCGCGCCCAGUUCUCGAAGACGGUACUCCAUGAAGAGGUACACCACGACGACGCCGGUAUCGAUGCCGAUCCCACGGCUGGAGGAGAUAAUAAACGAGGAGAUGAACAUCGCGGUGGAGCGUCGCACCGUCGAGAAGAACAAGAUGUCGAAGAUCAAGAAUGCCUUCAGGAGCCCGGAAAAUGGCGUCUAUUAUAGGAAAAGCAGACCGACCGAGCCGACGAUCGCUUCGAACGUUAUCAUGGCUGGCAAUACCACGGAUACGAAGUCGGGUGGCGGCGGGUUUCACGAGGACAACCCGUCCGCUCACGCCGACACGCCGGGCCAGCUGCGGCACGAGAGAGGAAGUGCUGCUACCCACGUGGUCGCUGAAACGAGGAAUGCGACCAACUCGACCCAGAUACCGUACCAGCAGCCCGUUUCCGCGAACACGUACGAACCAACCGAGACGGAAAGUGAGACCGUUUCCCGCGAUCGUCCUACGGACUCCUCGAGCGAGCCUAACGCGAUGUCGAACGGAGUGGAGCAAUCCAGAGCUGCUUCGAUGAGCUCUACCGUUGAGGAUACUUCCCCGAUGGAACGAGAUAAAAGCGACUGCGCGAUCGAGGACAAGAUUUCCUCGACGGAGAUGGAUAUGUACGGCGAUCAAACAGAGAAGAAGAUCAGGAGGAUCGACUACGAAGCGGAUUUCAAUAGAAAAUCCGAUAAAACGGAUCAACCUCGAGGCUCCAGCUCGCGCGAGAACAAUAACAUCGAGACGUCGACGUCCAGGGACAAGAUCGGUCGGGCGAGCACGGAGCCGUUUCGGAUCUCGUGGACCUCUCCCGAAACGUCCACCCUCAGGAUCAUCGUAACCGAGGGAAGUCUGGAGCAGGGUUUCGCGAUCGGCGCGGACUCCGCGGAGAAGUAUACCGUUAAACCGGUCGAUUCCACGGAGGAACGAGUUCGUAGCGUCGCUUCCGGCGAUGUUCCCACCACGAAGGCUCAUUCGACUACGACGACGACGACAACGUUCGAGGCAACGACGAGCGGAUCCAGCAGCGUGUCCGCGAUCGAGCCGGCACUAGCACGGCCGAAAGGUCGACUACGGGAACAGAAGCAGCAACAGCAACAGCAACGGCAGCGCACGGAAGGGAAUAAGGUAGAUCGUGAGGAGAAUCAGGAUCGGCAGCAGCAUCGACAUCAGGAACAACAGCAGCAGCACGUGUACGCUUACACGAUAACGAACGUGACGCGGCUAUUGCGCAACUACACCGGACCUGGGUUAAGCAGAGAGGAAGAAGGAGGGCCAGAACGGAGCACCGGUACGACCGAGAUAACGACCGGAUCGCUGCAGCGGCGUCAGCCACCGCCGCCGUCUCUUCUUCUGCUUCCUCGUGCCGGUAGUGGUAUAGAGGCGGCCAGAGCGCCGGUGGAACUCAGUGCCGGCGUCGAGCCAGUCGGUGGAGAGUCCGUGGCACACCUGGUGGGGGAACGACCGAGGAAGGUGGUCGCAGUCGCGCCGCAGUCGCAGCAACGCGCGGUCAACGAAACGACGACGACGGUGCAGCUGACCAGCGUAAACAAGAGCGGCCCGUGGUCGGCCAAGCCGACGGAACCGAGCAACACCGCUGCCCGAGGAGCGGUGGUUCGAUGGAACCAUACUAAAACCAGGAACACGGACCUCGAGGGUUUCGGGGACAGGAGGUUCCUCAGGAAAUCGGCGAGCGCGGUGCUUAAUCAGCGAAUCGGAGCGAGCGGCGACGAGGACGUUCCGGUAAUCGGGAAAAGACGGAGGCCGACAAAUGGCCAGAUCGGCUCGUCCAGCAGGAGGGUGAAAGGUUCCAGCAAGAUCGUGGACGAGAGCUUCGCCGUGUCGAAUGGUUCGAUCGGUGAUAAGAGAAAUUUCGGUGCCGAGAAGAAGACAGAGGAUGCGGUGGAGGGUCGAGGCUUCCGAGAGCUCGCGUCCGUUGAUGUGAAUCGAACGAGCGAGAAAAACGUCGCGAUAAACGAGACGGUGGAAAACGUCACGAUGCAGCAGAGAAUCGCCGUCACGACGUCCUCUCCUUCUGGGAAGGAAACGAUCGAUUCGACUACCCCGCGGGUGUCCGACAACUCCACGGAGGAGGAUCGAGGUAAUCUGACGGAGACGGUGACUCCGAUGAACAGGUACGCGGAGUUCGAUGCCAAAGACAAGAAUACGGUGUUUCGAAGCGAUAACGAUAGUGUCGGUAGUAGUUUAUCCCACGGGAACGUCAGCGGCGGUAUGGUUAAUGGUACCAAGAGCGGAAGCGGUUCGCCGACCGUGACAGUGACCGCGACAGUCGACGAAACGACCGUGCUCAAAGAGACUGUGUCGACUAUCGCGCCGAUACCGGCGCCAGUUUUUCCAGUUACACCCAGAAUAAUUACGGAAGUGGAUCGAGCGCCGGUCGAGAAGGAGACUUUCACCUCGAAGCCGACCGAGUCCACGAGCCAGGUGACGGACGUUGGAACGACCGAGCCGCCCGAAGCGGCUAACCUGAAUCCCUCGGAGAAGACGGGAUCCAAGUUCGAAGACGCGACCGCAACCGCGACAAGUACGACGGAAGUGCCGACCACGACGAUGACCACCGUGCAGAUAGAGAUUGCCACGGUACCGCAAGACCAAAGCACCACUUCCGAAUCGAGCCAGCCGAAACCCGAAACGUCUACCGGUCCUUCGAUCGCGGAGCCGAAGAGGAUGUCCGGCGAGAGGUCGCCGGAAGUCAGGCCACGAAAUCUCUCCGACGAGUCGAAGGACAAAGACGACGUGUUGCCUAUAAUGCAUCUGUAUAACACGUCGGACAUAUUCAACGGCAGCGGGCCCAUGAACUCGUUCUCGCGCGGCACGGAACGACGAACGGAGCUUCCGGUGGACCCGAAGCGACCCGAGCUUUCCAGAACGAGCGAGAAAGCCAACGACACCGUGACCUCUAAGAGCGUAGCGAACGACGUGUCCGCUCGUGUUCCCGUGUCCGACUCCACCAGGAAGGACAAACACGACGAUGCUCGCGAAACCUCCUCUCAGGUACCACCGACGGGUGCGGGUAGAGGAUCCAUGAAUGGAAACGGCAACAACAGGACGAGACACAGGCCAGUUUACCAUCACACGAUCCUGCCGGAAUACAACACUUCCGUGUACAGCAACGGCGAACUGAACAGGACGUUCUUCGAUACCGGACUGAUAUCGGUUAGUCCACGGGAGUCGGUGAAUAUCAGUGAAGUGAUAUCGAAGAGACACGACGGUGACGCCAUCGCGUCGCAGGAGACCGUCGCCGUGGUCAGCUACAUCCUGGCGACGCUGGUCGUCUUCCCGAUCGCCGUCGGCGUUGGUCUCAUUCUAAGAAGACUGAUACUUAGGAAUCGUAAGGUGCUCGAAGAGUCAGACACAUCGUCGGAAAUCAGUUGCCGGAAGGACGCGCUGAAUCUUGAAAAUGGCGACUUCAAAACGUCUAUCGAAAAGGCCAUCACGAAGUUGCCGAGGAUACAGCAUCUGUGUCACGAAGCGGAGAAACCACCACCUCCACCGUCACAAGAAUCGAGAUGGGAGUUUCCUAGAGAUAAGCUUAGGUUACAAACGGUCCUCGGCCAAGGAAACUUCGGCCAGGUGUGGAAGGCCGAAGCCGAUGAUUUGACCGGACAUCAGGGGACCACUCGGUUAGUGGCAGUCAAGACCGUGAAAGAAGGUGCUUCCGAUCGAGAAAAAGAGGAUCUGGUUAGAGAACUCGAAAUUAUGCAGCAACUUGGCAGUCAUCCGAAUGUCGUCACCCUUUUGGGUUGCUGUACUGAACAAGAGCCUCAUUAUCUCAUACUCGAGUACGUGAUGUACGGGAAAUUGCUGGCGUAUCUUCGCGACCAUCGUACCAGGCAGGAUUUCUACAAUUUCAGCGAGGAUUCGGCAGCGCUCACGUCCAGGGACCUCACAGUUUUUGGAUAUUGCGUGGCUAGGGGAAUGGAGUAUCUUGCGUCCAAAAAGAUCAUUCACCGUGAUCUCGCUGCGAGGAACGUGUUGGUGGACCACAACAAGCUGUGCAAGAUCGCUGACUUUGGCAUGUCCAGGUUCGCAAACGAGGACGGAGAGGUGAUCGAAACGAGACACGGGAGAAACGCCCUACCCAUCAGAUGGAUGGCUCCGGAGUCUUUAAUUUACUCACUGUUCACCACCAAGACGGAUGUGUGGAGCUUCGGUAUCUUGAUGUGGGAGAUUGUCACACUUGGUUCAACACCGUACCCGGACAUGACGGCCCGAGAAGUCAUGCGGAACGUGCAGAACGGUUACCGACUGGAGAGGCCUUCGCACUGUCGAAGCGAGCUCUUCAGGGUGAUAUCCCGAUGUUGGCACGCCGAUCCAGACCGUAGGCCAGAAUUCCAGACGCUUAGAAGGGAUCUGGCGCAGUUACUCGAGGACAACAUGAAUGGACAUUACGUUGAUCUUGAGAGUUUCGCCUCGGAAUGUACCGACUGAGGAGAGAAUGAUUAAAGUGGACCUUUCCUUGUCAUUUUGAUCCUUGAGAAGGAUCGUUUCGUGAAGAUUCACCAUCUCGAUUUGGACUUUCCCGAUUUGGUGAAAUUAAUGGAAAGCUCUUCGUGCACGCUGCGAGUAGCGCGAGUCUUCUUUGUACCAAGUAAUGCGUGUGGUUUUACGGAGAGGAUCGGGAAUUUAUCGAUAGAUUGCAACGAAUGAUGGAUGAGAAAUUGAUGGAGGAAAUAUGAAUUGUUCUGUGGAGAUUGAACAGUGAGGAGUCGAUGGAAAAUGAAAGUUUCGAUUACAGAAUCGAGUUUGUGAUAUCGAAAACGUAACAAUAAGUCGAUGUUGAAAUGCUGAUUUAAAUGAUAUCAGAGUCCGUCCAUUUAUAUUGAAUUUCUUCGUCAGUUGUCAUUGCGAAUUUUUGUAUCGAUUUAUGUGAUUAUUGUGAACGAGGAAUAAAUGAAUUGAUGCUUCAAAUAUUUUGUGCAGUUAGUUGAUUUGAAAUUGUUUGUCAUUUUGAAACAGGGUCGGAUGCAGAGGGGAUAUAAGUUUGAGGAUUUGGGGAUUUCAGAGUGUGGAAAUUUGGAAAUUUGGAGGUUUAAAGUUUUGGAGAUUUUAGAAUU